GACGCAACUAGAUGAGUGGGGGAGGGAAUCGAAUGCCGUGUCCGACUUUUUAUUUAUUUCUUCUGCUUUUUGUUUAUUAAAAUUAUAUUUAAAAAAAAAAAACAGAAAUCUAUUUUGUAGCUCUUCCUCUCGUAUUUUCUCUUCUUCGCCCAGACAGACAAGAAGCUGCUGCCUUUAUCCGAAGAAUUUAGGGUUUUCAUUUCUUUACCUCCUCGUACAAUCAAAAUCAUCGAAACCCUUAUAUCAAACCAGGCUUCAGCUUCCUCUUGUCGUUUCGUUUGCUCCCUAAGAGGUUCAUGUCUGAUCUUGAAGUUCAAGUCCCCACUGCCUUUGAUCCUUUUGCUGAUGCAAAUGCUGAGGACGCUGGAGCUGGAGCUGGAACAAAGGAAUACGUGCACAUACGUGUUCAGCAGCGUAACGGUAGAAAAAGCCUGACCACUGUCCAGGGUCUUAAGAAAGAGUACAGCUACACCAAGAUCCUCAAAGACCUCAAGAAAGAAUUCUGCUGCAAUGGCACUGUCGUCCAGGACUCUGAACUAGGACAGGUUAUUCAGCUUCAAGGUGAUCAGAGGAAGAACGUCUCUACCUUCCUUGUCCAGGCUGGUCUGGUGAAGAAGGAUAACAUCAAAAUCCAUGGUUUUUGAGCAAAUUCUACCUACUUCAUCUUUGCGAAAUCAAUCAGCCCUUCUCAAAGGCAGUAUGAACAAACAUAUAUGUAUUAAUAAUGUUUUAUACAUAUAAAAUAUAUUGUCAGAAAAAAAAAGAAUUAACGGUUUGCUUAUGAGCGAAUGUAACACAAAUGUAUGAACUUUUCAUUUGCGUUUGUAGCGUGAGAU